AUGUAUUCUCUUUUUUACAGUUCAGCAGAAGAGCAGUUUCACUGGCAAUCACAAGAUGGUCAAAAAGAUAUCGAAGAUGAACUCACAACAGGCCUGGAGCUGGUGGACUCCUGUAUUAGAUCCCUGCAGGAAUCAGGAAUACUUGACCCACAGGAUUACUCAACAGGUGAAACUGGGUCCCGGGCCUCAUACAGCAGCCAGCACGGCCACCUGGGCCCGGAGCUGAGGGCCCUGCAGUCCCCAGAGCACCACAUAGACCCUAUCUAUGAAGACCGAGUCUAUCAGAAGCCCCCUAUGAGGAGUCUCAGCCAGAGCCAGGGGGACCCUCUGCCGCCAGCACACACCGGCACCUACCGCACGAGCACAGCCCCAUCUUCCCCUGGUGUCGACUCCGUCCCCUUGCAGCGCACAGGCAGCCAGCAUGGCCCACCGAAUGCUGCCACGGCCACCUUCCAGAGGGCCAGCUACGCCGCAGGCCCAGCCUCCAAUUACGCGGACCCCUACCGACAGCUACAGUAUUGCCCCUCUGUUGAGUCACCGUACAGCAAAUCCGGCCCUACCCUCCCGCCCGAAGGCACCUUGGCCAGAUCCCCGUCCAUUGAUAGCAUUCAGAAAGAUCCCAGAGAAUUUGGAUGGAGAGACCCAGAACUGCCUGAAGUGAUUCAGAUGUUGCAGCAUCAGUUUCCCUCGGUCCAGUCCAACGCCGCCGCCUAUUUACAGCACCUCUGCUUUGGAGACAAUAAAAUUAAAGCCGAGAUAAGGAGACAAGGAGGCAUCCAGCUCCUGGUGGACCUGCUGGAUCAUCGGAUGACAGAAGUCCACCGUAGUGCCUGCGGAGCCUUGAGAAACCUGGUGUACGGGAAGGCCAACGAUGACAACAAGAUUGCGCUGAAGAACUGCGGCGGCAUCCCGGCGUUGGUCAGGCUACUCCGCAAGACCACCGACCUGGAGAUCCGGGAGCUGGUCACAGGAGUCCUUUGGAACCUCUCAUCCUGUGAUGCUCUCAAAAUGCCAAUCAUACAAGACACCCUGGCGGUGUUGACCAACGCCGUGAUUAUUCCCCAUUCGGGCUGGGAAAAUUCACCUCUUCAGGACGACCGAAAAAUACAACUGCAUUCCUCACAGGUGCUGCGAAAUGCUACUGGAUGCCUAAGGAAUGUUAGUUCGGCCGGAGAGGAGGCCCGCAGGAGGAUGCGGGAAUGUGAGGGGCUCACGGAUGCCCUGCUCUUCGUAAUCCAGUCUGCGCUGGGGAGCAGUGAGAUCGACAGCAAGACCGUUGAAAACUGUGUGUGCAUUUUAAGGAACCUCUCGUACCGGCUGGCGGCGGAAACGUCUCAGGGACAGCACAUGGGCACGGAUGAGCUGGACGGGCUGCUCUGUGGGGAGGCCGGUGGCAAGGAUGCCGAGAGCUCCGGAUGCUGGGGAAAGAAAAAGAAGAAAAAGAAGUCCCAAGACCAGUGGGAUGGAGUAGGACCUCUUCCAGACUGUGCAGAACCACCAAAAGGGAUCCAGAUGCUGUGGCACCCAUCAAUAGUCAAACCCUACCUCACACUGCUCUCUGAGUGCUCAAAUGCAGACACGCUGGAAGGGGCAGCAGGCGCCCUACAGAACUUGGCUGCAGGGAGCUGGAAGUGGUCAGUGUACAUCCGAGCCGCCGUCCGGAAGGAGAAAGGCCUGCCCAUCCUCGUGGAGCUGCUCCGGAUAGACAACGACCGCGUGGUGUGCGCCGUGGCCACGGCGCUCCGCAACAUGGCCCUGGAUGUCCGAAAUAAGGAGCUCAUUGGCAAAUACGCCAUGCGAGACCUGGUCCACAGGCUUCCGGGCGGAAACAACAGCAACAGUGCAGCAAGCAAGGCCAUGUCGGAUGACACGGUGACAGCCGUCUGCUGCACCCUACACGAAGUGAUCACCAAGAACAUGGAGAACGCCAAGGCCUUACGGGAUGCUGGCGGCAUCGAGAAGUUGGUUGGCAUCUCCAAAAGCAAAGGAGAUAAACAUUCUCCAAAAGUGGUCAAGGCCGCAUCUCAGGUCCUAAACAGCAUGUGGCAGUACCGAGACCUGAGGAGUCUCUACAAAAAGGAUGGAUGGUCACAGUAUCACUUUGUAGCCUCAUCUUCAACCAUCGAGAGGGAUCGGCAAAGGCCCUACUCUUCCUCCCGCACGCCCUCCAUCUCCCCAGUGCGCGUGUCUCCCAACAACCGCUCAGCAAGUGCCCCAGCUUCACCUCGGGAAAUGAUCAGCCUCAAAGAAAGGAAAACGGACUAUGAGUCCACUGGCAGCAAUGCCACUUACCACGGGACUAAAGGAGAACACGCUUCCAGGAAAGACACCAUGACAGCUCAAAAUACUGGAAUUUCAACUUUGUAUAGGAAUUCAUAUGGUGCGCCCACUGAAGACAUCAAACAUAACCAGGUUUCAGCACAGCCAGUCCCCCAGGAGCCCAGCAGAAAAGAUUACGAGACCUACCAGCCGUUUCAGAAUGCCACGAGAAAUUACGACGAGUCCUUCUUCGAGGACCAGGUCCACCACCGCCCUCCAGCCAGCGAGUACACCAUGCACCUGGGCCUCAAGUCCACCGGCAACUAUGUCGACUUCUACUCGGCUGCCCGGCCCUACAGCGAACUGAACUAUGAAACGAGCCACUACCCCGCCUCGCCCGACUCCUGGGUGUGAGGCGGGCGGCACCAGGCGCUCCGGGAACAGUGCAUGUGCAUGCAUACCACGAGACAUUGCUUUUUUUUCAUUUCUUCCCUGCAAAUUUAGUUCGCUAAAGCCUGUUCCGUAGGAAGGCUGUGAUAACCGGUAAGGAAACCUUGAGAGCUAUUUUAGACAGCUAAGUGAGUCGGAAGGUAACUUGGACGUCAAUAGAGAGCUAAAGCGACCCUAAAGCUGGCAUCGCGGGACACCUUUCUAGCGCCAGCUGUAGGGCAUGAGAAGUGCUGUGCAAGGAAUGUGGCUGCAGAAGGCACAGCAGGUGGCCGGGCGGGGCCGGGGACGCGAAGGUGAUAAGCACAGAGGCAGGCAGCGAGGGUCACACGCUUCAGAGGGACGGCUUCUCACGCUUUCUUUACUCUCGUCAUCCGUUGUGAUUCUAGGCUUCCGGUUGCAUUGGGUUCCUCUGUACAGCAAGGUGUUUCUUGCCUUUUGUUAAUGCAUUGUUGUAAAGUAUUUGAUGUACAUUACAGAUUAAAGAAGAGAAGCGCGUUGUGUAUAUUACACCGAUGCCGCAGUGUUUCCUCAUCUAUGGUUCUAAAUAUUGCUUCAAUCUCAGACUUUUGAAAGAUGUAUGGAUUUCCAGUUCUUCUUUUCUUUUCUUUCUCUCAGUAUGUUUUAACAAAACAGAACAAAACAAAAAAAAUGGGAAAAAAAGGAAUAUUUAGCAGUAUUGUUCGUUCUGAUAUGUGAACUUGUUUGUGGCAACUAAGCAAGGCAUUCAGCAGUUUCUGACAAUUAACACACAUCAUUCCACACUCCUUGUCAACAAAGUGCUUUUUCACUGCCUAAAAUUUUAGAUGUAGAUAUUUGAAAUAGAUUUUUUUCAUUUAUACCAAUUUUCUUUAUGAUGAUACAGUGUUAAAAGAAAAUAAAUUACAAUUGAUCUGUCA